AUGGCGCUCGCGCGCGCGAGAGGUCUGGACGCGCGCGCGCUGGCGCGGACGAGGACGAGGACGCGAAACGUCGCUCGGGUCAUCGGCGGCGGCCCGAGGGGUGGGUCGAACGACGCCGACGGCCGUGCGUGGCGCGAUGACGUCGACGACGAGACGUUGGCGUACGUGCGAAAGGCGUCGACGGCGUCGUCGUUCGAGGAGCGCGCGUUCGGGGACGACGUGAUUGGGGAAAAGUUACUCAGAGCGAUGCGCGUGCAGUGGACGCACGGGUUCGCCUCGACGCCGAGCGGGUUCCCUCGGUGCACGCACGGUUUCGGAGAGAUCUUGGCCGGAAUGCAGCCGGCGGCGUGUGAUUUAAUCUUAAGAGACGUCCUGAGUGGAUCAACGAGCGUGCUCGAUCCGUUCGCGGGUGGUGGGACCACGCUCGUGUGCGCGGCUACGCUCGGCAUGCGGGCGGUGGGGACGGAUGUGAGUCCGCUCGCGUGUUUCGUCAGCGCGCAUCGAUGCUGGCGACCGGACGAGACGACGAUCGAUGAAAUGGUUCACAGGGCGAGUGCGGCGCGAGAUUUGGCGAAAUCGGCAGAGGAGCAGAGCGUUGAGAGCGACGCCGAGGAGGCCGGAGACGGAGGCGUUCCCAGAGCGUGGCGGCGCAUCCGGGACGCGCUUCGAGCGAGCAAUGGGGGAGUGAGCGGCGGGCGCGUGGACGAGUCGCUGUGGUUUUGUAUGUCCGUAGCGCUGCAGCGCACACAAAAGUCGCAGAGCAAAGCGAGGCCGCGUAAGGGGAAGGGGAAGAGAAGCGGCGGCUCGCGAGGCGGUGAGGACAAUGCCGACAUAUUUUAUAAAGUAGUGGAGGAAUACGCCGACAGACUUCGGCAGUUUCGAGCGAUGUGCUCAACGUGCGACUCCCAAGCGCCGGACGCGGAGAUUCAUAACAUCGACGUGCGACGAUUUAAGCUCGCGGACGAAGCCAAGGUGGAUGCGGUGCUGACGUCGUGUCCGUACCCCGCGGUGUACGAUUACCUGUCCUUUGCGCGAAAAGUUCGUGCCGGGAGUGGUGCGGUCGUCUCCACGUCUUCGCCGAGAAGUCAGGGUCCAACGUCGUCUUACGUCAACACCGUCGUUCCUGGCGACCGAAACUGGCCGAAAGAGUGGAUGGAGGGUGAGAUUGGCUCACGACGAGCGCUUCGAUCUGAUCCCUAUGCGUUUCGUGACGCAUGGCAGCGAGAACAAGAGGAAUGGCUCGAGGUCGUCGCGCACUCACUCAAACCUCGCGGUCGUGCGUGUAUCAUGGUCGGCGACGGGGCGAACAUCGAUACGCGCGCCUCCAUGGUCAGCGCCGCCGAGAAGUUUGGAUUGAAAACGCUCGCCGGAGCGACGAUGAAGCUCACGACAACCACCGAGAGUGGCAACGUGUACAACCAGGCGCGCACCGAGCACUUGAUCCUAUUCGAAAAACACUAG